UGGAGACAGUAGGGGGAGAUAAAGUCAGUAGGACAAGAUGGAGAUAGUAGGACAAGAUGGAGUCAGUAGGGCAAGAUGGAGACAGUAGAGCAAGACGGUGGCAAUAAAAAAAAGUAAUGCUUUACUGUAGCUUGCUAUUGGAGUACAACUCCCAGCACCCCCCAGCAGUCCAAUAUUUUUUUUGUCUUUCAGCCUGUAAUUUUGAUACUCAUAGUGUUUAUCAGUUUAUGUAGAAUAUUUAAUUGGCUCUAUAAUCUAUGGGUGCUGUUAUUAAUAAUAAUUACAGGGGUCUCCCUCUGAUGGCUGGGUAUGAGAGGGGCCCCUGCCAGUGUGUAUGUGAGCGGCUGUAGAAGGGGACAGGGGGGCUCCCUGCUGGGACAUGCUGCUCAUGAAUCAGACACUCUCUGCAGGGACAGAGAUACAGAAUUCUAUAAAGACCAGAUCCCUCCUGUGAUUGGCUGCUGAGCCAGUCCCCCACACCCCUGCCUGCCCCCAGCUCCUAUAUAAGCACAGGCGUCUCACAUCAGAGCUGGAUUCAUCACUUGCUCUGCCGCUCGCUCACAACCUUCUCCCCGUCGCUCACUUGCCACAGGAUUACAAAUGGUUGUCCAAAUCCGCACUAGCCACCAGCCUGGCAGCACAAUGUCUGAGACUGGCCACCAGCAGCCUAAAGUGGAAGCCAAUGUCCUGGUGCUGGGGGCAGAGAACGUUGGGAAAUCAGCUCUGACCGUCCGCUUCCUCACCCGCAGGUUCAUUGGCGAGUACGUUGGCACCGAGUCCAUUUACACUCACAAUGUGACCGUCGAUGGGAGAAAGACGUCUUUCGGCAUCUGGGAUUCUGUCUGUCCGCAGAACCCCAACGCUCAGAACUGCAUCACUGAAGAUCAGCUCCGCUGGGCCGACGGCUUCAUCCUGGUCUACAGCAUCUGCGACCGCAACAGCUUCAGUGUGGUCAGGCAACAACUGCAGAGGAUCCGACAGAUAAAGAAACGGCACGGCCCAGUGCCAGUCAUCAUUGUGGGGAACAAAAGAGACCUCCAGCACCACCGAGAGAUCACCAGCGCAGAGGGACGCAUGCUUGCCCUAUCUUCAGACUGUGGCUUCUUCGAGAUCUCAGCAGCAGAGACCUAUCAUGGCUCCCUGGUGGUCUUCCACCAACUGCUGGAGGCGGUGAGAGAGAACAGGAGCUCACUUAAGAAAAACACCGGCAUUAAGGGCAUUGUACGGAGCAUGUCGGCCGUCUUCACCAGGAGAAGGACAGAGUGAUGGGAUAUUGGUCUCACCCUCUGCUUUCUCACCUGUUGGAAUAUCAAGCCAUCAGCACCUGGUGUGACCCAAUGUAGUCCAGCCAGAGAAGAAGUUCAUGGUGAAUUGAGGAACUUUGUCCUAGGAGGACCAGUUGUGGUACAUGGUGGGACAUUCUACUCUAUAUAGGAGACCCUCUGAGGUCCUUCAUAUCAAAAUGGACAACAUUAUUCUGUCUGCCUACCGAAGGGUCCAUAAUAUCCAGACUAUUAUCUUUUAACUGCACUGAACUGACCCAUCAGGUACCGGAGACCUCGAGAAGAACCAUUAGUCUGUGUAUAAAGUCCCACCAAGAGCAGAGGGGGCUCAGAGGAGAAAUGAUGUGGAACUCCAAUAAAGGGCUAAUAAUUAAUUGGAGCAUCUUUUCAAGUGUAAUAAUAGUCUGGAUAAGAGAACUCUACUUGAUAGUGAUGAGGGGCAGAUAUAUGGCCGAGUUACACUGGGAGUAUCAUUUGCACUAAAUGAGAGGAGAAGGCUGUGCCAAUCAGUCUCAAAGGGGAACUUGUCUAAUACUAAUUAUUAAAGAGGGAGCAGAUCUUUUUCACCUUCUCUCAGAAUGGACAAUUUUUAUAUAUAUAAAUAUGUACAGUUGUACAGAAAAAUGCUGUUAUUAACUUAUUUCAGGGCUCUGUGAGUUACUGUUUACAGACAGGGGCUGGUGUAUGUUUUAUUUGCACCUAUUUGUGAAAGUUUCAUGAAAAUAAAGUCUCAAGAGAAAUAUGGAAAUCUU